GGUCCAUUACUGGUGUUUGUUUUGGUUUAAGGCAACACAGUGUUCUGGCUUUGGGGGAUACUGAGGACAAGCUUUAAAGUUUAAAUUCACACGAAUCACGGUUAUCAUUUAGGUGCACCAAACGAAGCUUGCCUUCAUUUCAGUACGUGACGGGUCCGUUAGUAGGAAGCACGGGGGGGUUGCUGCGUAUUGCCAGAAGAGCCGUAGCUGUGUGUUCCCGCGGCUCAGUGCGUGGAAACUGGAAGUGGGGGGCAGACGCGCUGCUGGUUGUUCACUGUGGACUCCGAUCUCUCACGCCCCGAGAGAUGGGUUAGGAGAUGAAGUGGUGAGCUCUCUCACUCGUACAUAUUUGUGAAAGCUCCUGCAAUCCCCAGCGCAGCGGUACGUUCUUGGCUCCCCGACGCGACAGACAGUACACCAAUGGUGCUGCGCAGACUGCUCAGAAAACGCUGGGUCCUGGCUGUUGUAUUCGGACUCUCCCUCGUCUACUUCCUCAGCAGCACCUUGAAGCAGGAGGAGAGAACUAUACGAGACCGGACUCUCCUGCAGGCCAGAGACUCUGAGCAUCGUAUUGCCUGGAAAGUUCACUUCAAUCUUGGCAACAGCAGUAGACAGAUCACACAGUGCCGGAAUUCUGUUCAAGGCAAAACGCUUCUCACCGACGAGCUGGGUUAUGUCUGUGAAAGAAGGCAUCUCCUGGUGAAUGGCUGCUGCAACAUCAAUACCCCCAGCACCACGCAGUACCUCUGCAAAAGCUGUUUGAGCAAUGGAUGCUGCAGCAUCUAUGAGUACUGCAUCUCCUGCUGCCUUCAGCCUGACAAGCAACCCCUGCUUGAGCACUUCCUCAACAGAGCAGCGGAAGGCUUUCGGAACCUUUUCACUGCUGUGAAGGACCAUUUUGAGCUCUGUCUGGCCAAGUGUCGCACCUCCUCCCAGAGUGUUCAGCACGAAAACACCUACAGAAACCCACAAGCCAAAUUCUGCUAUGGCGAAAGUCCUCCAGACCUCCUGCCAGUUUGAUCCUGCAGCUCUGUGGGUCUCCAUCACAGUGGACGCACAAAGAGAUGGGAGAACAGUGGGUGUUGAGCAUGGAACUGCUUUCCUCCUCCAUACCCAUCAUUCUGCGCUGGCUGGACUGGGAUGAGGCAUUGCAUGAUGAAGGAAAACAACAAGAACCUCAGUUUGGAAAAACAUUUUAAUGUACACUUCAUAAGUGCAUUGAACACUUUUUUACUUCAUCAGUGAUGAUUUUCAGGUCCCAGUUACCUAUCCAUAUCUCAAACAACUUAAGGAAUGGGAGGUAAAUUUAACAGCUCAACAUGCUCACUUUGGCAUUGUUCUAUACUAAUUUAUCUGUAACAAUGGUACAGUCUCUGCGUUUGCCCAUGUAUGAGUAUUCAGAUACACAAAAUGUGACUUUCCUUUUAUGUAUGGUAUGUACCCCAUGUAAUAUGUUUUUGUAUGUAGAAAAAGUAAGCCAAGUAGCCAUCACAUGCUUUUUGGCUUACACUCUAGUUUUUCUUUUGUUAAUUGAAAGGUAUUCAGGUUUCAUUACAUAUUUCUUAAGUCAGUCUUAUUUUAAUAUCUGGAAUUUUUGUCUGUUUAACAUUGGUGUUAUGGUGUUGAAAAGCUUUAUUUGUAAGCUACAAGCCCCUAGAUCAGCAUGUUCAUUGCUAAAACAUGUAAUCCUCUAAUUUCUGGUUUGGAAAAAAUGGAUUGUUUGUGAGGUUUAGGAUGUUUUUCACUUGCAUGAAAGAGAAAUGAGAACCAGAGUUAAAAUGGAUAACAAUGAGGUAAUGAUAAAACAUUUGUACACUUUAAAUUCCUUUAUGCUUUAUUCAAGGAUCAUGUGGUAAAUUAAAUUCAGCAGACACUCUACUUUGCUCAUAAUAUGUGUUGCAAGGAUCCUGGAUGAAAAGUAACAAAUAUGUGCUUGACUAACAAAGUAUACCAUAAACUGUUUUAUUUCUGAGAACUGAUUAAAAUUUCACUGUUAAUAUCUGUUUUAGGGGUUUUGCUUGUGCUAUGGCUCUUUUAGAAACGGACAAAAUGAUUUGUCUUGUAUUUUGGAAAAACUUCCCGAAAACAUCAUGUAAUUUCCUGGAAUUCACGUAAAUUAAAAUUUUUGCUCAGCCCCUUUAUUUUGUGUAUUGUAUCAGAAAGAUAGGUUUGUGUUGAGAAGCCAGCCUUUCCCUGCCUAACUUCCCGAGAGUCUGCUGAUGGGCAGUUGAAGACAGCAAACCCAUCCCAGCUGAGAAAACUCAUCACAUUCUCCUGCUUCUAGGCAGAGUAAACUGUUGGCAUGCAAGAAACGUUACUAGUGCCGAACAAUUAA